CCGGCUCCCUGCGGCGCCCAUGGGGGGCAAGCAGAGCACGGCGGCCCGCUCGCGGGGCGCCUUCCCGGGCGUGUCGACGGACGACAGCGCCGUGCCGCCGCCGGGGGGCCCGCCGCACUUCGCCCAUUACCGCGCGGGCGGCGGCGGCGGCGGCGGCCCGGGCGCCGACUCCACGUACGCCCAUGGCAACGGUUACCAGGAGACGGGAGGCGGUCACCAUAGAGACGGGAUGCUCUACCUGGGCGCCAGGGCCUCGCUGGCCGACGCGCUGCCCCUGCACAUCGCGCCGCGCUGGUUCAGCGCGCACAGCGGUUUCAAGUGCCCCAUUUGCUCUAAAUCCGUGGCUUCUGACGAGAUGGAAAUGCACUUUAUCAUGUGUCUGAGUAAACCUCGCCUCUCCUACAACGAUGACGUGCUGACCAAGGACGCCGGCGAGUGCGUGAUCUGCUUGGAGGAGCUGCUGCAGGGGGAUACGAUAGCCAGGCUGCCCUGCCUCUGCAUUUACCACAAAAGCUGUAUAGAUUCAUGGUUUGAAGUGAACAGAUCUUGCCCAGAGCAUCCUUCUGAUUGACCCCCUGGGCGUGCUUGCUGACUUCUCUCUAAGGGCACCUUGCUAUACCUGCUGUACCUCCUCUCCCUGUCCCACCCGCCCCRUCUGGAGUUUUGGGUUGACUUCAAAUUCCUCAAGAAGAAGAAGAAGAAGAAAAACRAAAAAAACAGAAACUUGAAUCCACUUGGGACAACAGCGAUUUUUUUAUUUUAUUUUAUUCUUUUUAUUUUUCUUUUUUAAUUUAAAGGAUUAAAAAUAUAUAUAUAUAUAACAUCCAGGAGAGACAGUGUCAGAAAAGCUGAGCAACCUGCUCUCCCGUCUGCGCCUGCCGGCACGGGGAGACACCUGCCCACCAGGGAGGCUGUGGGGCCGCCCUUGCCGCCCUCGGCCCAAACCCUGCCAUGAUGUUUGGCUCUUCUUCCCGAAGCGAACGGAAAAGUUGCCAGGGGACAGCCGGCCAAACGGAGCACGCGGUAUUCCUCGCUGGCACCCUCAUCUCCCGCCUGGACUCGCCUGGCACCCCGGGGGCUCUGCUUGGUUUUUUUUUGCACUGACUUAAACGGGGACUUUUCUCCUCUGUCCCGUCUCCCUUUUGGAGAUCUCCGACUCGGACCUGGCAGUGUGAGACAGGGACUCUGCCCCACGCCGGGAGCGGGGCCACUGCUCUUCCCCUGCAGAGGAGCUGAGAGUUGGGCCCUGGGGGGGGUCUGUCUUUCAAGUGUUUACAACAACAACAAAAAAAAAAAAGAGAAAAUCAACAAAAAAAAAGAAGAAAAAAAAAAAAGCUUCGUGUUGACUGGCGUGUUCUUCGAUUUGAGCUUCCCUGCCCCGGUGAUGUUUACAGACUGGUCACUCUUUAACUCAGCUAUAACCACUCAGAGACUGAACAGCCGCAGCCCCCGUCCCGUCGCCGUCGCACUCCUUGUUGCCAAAAAUGCCCCUUCUCCCCCCUUCCCCUUUCCGUCGCCUUUGGAGCUGAGGAAGCUUGGAGGGAGGCGCUGGGAGAAGGCCUCCCGCCAGCCCCUGCUUGCCAGGGUCCCGUCCGGGCACCAGCGGCCUCCCCCCCCAGCCCC